AUGGAAUCAAAACGAAGCGCCUUUCGACAGCAACGAUGCGCAAGGUCAUGCCCCGGUACCAAGAUUGACCUUGAGUUCGUCAGUGUCAGGCCAGAUGAUCAGGAUCAGAGGAUGAAAACACGGUCACUUAUUCGAGCAAAUGCUGCCCACUUUCACUGGCGUCACAAUCGGCCUCCCCAGGAUAAAGUCAUAGCUAAGCGGUCAGGGCGUGGUACUGAUAUUCGCCAUGACAAGCGGAGGCCGGUAAACAGCAUCCAACGUGGACCCAAUAAUAUUAUUAACUCGCCCCUGUUGUAUAAAUCUGACUUCCCUGAUGCCGAGGUUGUUCUUCCCGCUCUAUUCCCUGACAGCGCCGACAGUUUCAACAUUAGAGCGAACCUGGUGCAAAUGUCAAUAUCGAACCCCUGUGUUCUGCAUAUUUUCAUUACCGGGGCUUUGAGCAAUUCUCCACAAGGAAACCUUGCUGAUACACCUUCUGAUCGUAUUGCCUUCGACAUGUUUCGGUCCCGCGCCGAGAUGGUGCGAAACUUGAGUGUUGCAAUCGAAGAUCCUAUAGAAGCUUGCAAGGACAUGAAUAUUUUUGCUGUUGUUGCAUUGGCCAAGGCUGGGAAGUCUCAGAAAGUGGAAGAUUUGCCACUAAAAAUGCCAAAGCAAGGUCCGCUGAAAAGCCUGCAGUUACUGAACUGGCUGGCAUUAUCGGAGACUGAUCCAAUUCAUUUUGACGGUUUGUCGAAAUUAAUUGAGCUCAAAGGGGGACUGGAGAAAAUUGAGAUCCCAGGACUCGCCGCUCUCAUAUCACUUGGUUCCGCUGCCGCGCGCGUCAAGAGAGUUUAUAUUCCAUGA